ACUUUGACAGAUCCAUCGCUGGACGUGUUUUAUCAAGUAUUUUUCGAUUGGUGUCGUAGCUUUUCACACAUUUUAAACACCAAUUCCAACAAAUUCAAAUGUAUUGUUAAAUGUUAAGCGGUCGAACAAUCUCGCGCGGCCCAAAGUGUAUAGAAGCCAUUCCCAUAACCAGGUGACGACAAGCCGAGCUCGCUAUUUUCUAUGUGAAGCAUCGACAAGCCGCCCAGCACUCCGCCUGCAAGACAGCGUAAUACCGUUAAGCAACCCCAAACCGAGCAGAGAACGCGAGAAAUAAGAGAAUCAAAGAAAUGUUGGCGCGCAGAUCCCAGCUGAGCCCGCGGACACCGCCCGUCCACGAGCGCAUCGCCCUGCUGUGCGCCCGGAACAUCUGCAAGCUGGCCGCUGCUCUGCCCAAGCCGUGCACGCGCUCCGGCUACUUGCCAGUGAUGGUGGAGCUGCGCCGCGUCGACGACAAUGCCGUCUAUCGCUACCAAGUGAACCUGUCGCCGAACAGUCUGGAGGCCGACAGCCAGCACAUGGGCAUGGCCCAGGCCAAGGCGAUCACGCAGCAGCUUCAGCUGCCCUGUCUCGUGCAUGGCGCCCUCGAGCCCUGCGCACAGUCCCAGGCUGUGCUGCCAAUGCUGACAGAGGAUGGCGAGCCGCCGCAGCUGAUCAUGGCGCAGGAAUCUGUGCACAUAGCGCAAGACCGUGGGAACUAUGUGAGCAUGGGCCGCAUGGCCAGCAACGACGGCAUCGUCACGUUCCAGAACUCGGCCUAUAUCAGCGGCGCAUCGAAGAUCACGCGCGACCAUUUCAUGGCCGUGCUGCACAACCAUCGCCCCAGUCCGCUGCAGUUCGAGACACUGUGGGCGGACCAGCAUGUGGAGGAGCUGGAGAAUAUUGAGCAAGUUAUCAACGCCUACCAGCCGCGCCCCAUAGAGCUACCGGCCGUACUCGAGCCAAUCACAGCGCAUGUCAAUGGGGCCGCGUCCCAGCUGCAGCUGGAGCCUUACACUGGCCAUAGGCAGGCUUCCCCACCGAAGGCUCCGCCAGCUAGCUAUCAGGGCAAUGAGCAUCAACACAACCCAACUCAGCAGCCGCCCAGCCGGCCGCUCAACGGCUACAAGCAGCAGCGCAAGCCCAGCAGGAGCCAAAGCCACGCCAACAGCACUGAGCGAGUGCUCGGUCAGCCGAAGAGACUCGGCAGUGGCAAUCGCGAGCCACCGACUCAGCCGGCGUCGGACUCGACUGGCUACAGGCCGCAGCCCUACGAGCCGGCAUUCUAUUGCAACAUCAAGGACUACAUUGCCAACCAGCAGUCGCGGCAGCGCAUCUUCCUGCCCAGUGGCGAUCCACAGGAGAAUCACGUGGAGGGAUCGUCACCCCUCUAUGCGCACCUGCCGCGCAUCGACAGAAACGGCCAUCCCUUGGAUGUGCGUAGGGAGCAGCUGUUGCGACAGAAGCUGGAGCAGGAGUUCGACUAUCAGCGGCUGAUCGAGCAGCAAAAGUAUCAGCGCAUCUUUUCGGAAACGUCGAGAAUGUCGCAAGUUCCGCAAGAGCUGCAGUCGCUGUUCCACUGGGACUGCUGCCACCUGUGCCACACGGCAAUGCGCACGAUGCGCAACGCCCUGGACCACUACCUGUCGCGGACGCACCUGCGGCGCGUGGACUCGUGGCUGAUACGCUACAGCUUCAUCAAGGGCAACCUGUCCGAGGAUAUGCUGCGGCACCUGCGCAGCUCGGGCCCCGCCGUGCUGCACUGUGACCUGUGCGAUCUGAAGCUGACCUCGGUCAUACACGCGCGCCAGCACUUCUACGGGCGGCGGCAUCGGCUCGUGGAGCGGCACAUCAGCAGGCCGAACGGCGAGGGCUACUACGACAAGGCGGGCCGCUGGGUGCGCACCAACGACAAGUGGCUGAUGUGCAAUCUCUGCGACGUGAUUGUCACCUCGGAGUCGCAGCUGUCCAUACACAUGGCCGGGCUGCGCCAUCGCAAGCGCGAGCGCUCCAGCUAUUCGGCCUCCUUCUCGGAGCCGUUCGAUGGCAGCCACGUUUAUCGCAUCAAUGCGAAUGGCUCGCUGGUGCCGCUGAAUCCGCUCGGCUACUACCUGUAUUCCGGCCAUAACAAGCCGGACUUUCGUAAGAUCAACGAACUGAAUGCCGCCUUCUACUGCGAGGUCUGCAACGUCACGCUAAAUCAUCUAAAGUCGGUGAAACAGCACGAGGAGGGGCGUGUGCAUAAGAAGAAGCUGGUGAGGGUCAUGCAAUAGAAGCGGGGACAAGACAGAAGAAGAAGAAGAAGAAGAAGAGUAAGAAGGGCAAUAAUGUGAAGAAGAAAACGAAUUAUAAGUAGAGGCAUACAAAGUGUGGAGUGGUGUGUAUAUGGGACAGUGAGUCUGCGUUUCAUCUCGUAUCUACAGUAUUUAUCGAAGCUAAAGAAUGUCAGUAGAGCCCCCAGCCCCAAACCAGACGAACGGGCCGAGUGCUGUGCCGUAUUAUUGACAAUUUCCUUUUUGAGCUAUCUAACCAUUUCAUAUGUUUUAUAAUAGAAUUGCGUAUAA